CAUCCCUAAAUAACGGCACUCUGCAGAUGCGAAGCAGUGGAUCGCAAAAACGCAAAAUGUGGGCGAAAUAAGUUCGCGAGCGUCUCGAAAGUAACCGGUUACUGAAAAUACAAGAAAGUUUCCACACUCCUUUGCCAUUUUUCCGCGCGGCGCUUGGAAAUUCGUAAAGAUAACGCGGCGGAGUGUUUGGGGAAAAUGGCGCAACCGCCGCCAGAUCAAAACUUUUACCAUCAUCCGCUGCCCCACACGCACACACAUCCGCAUCCGCACUCCCAUCCGCAUCCGCACUCGCAUCCGCACCCACAUCACCAACAUCCGCAGCUUCAGUUGCCGCCACAAUUCCGAAAUCCCUUCGAUUUGUGUACCCCUUGAUUCUUUGAAGCUUUUCGAUGAGCGAACGGGAGCGAUAAACUACAACUACAUACGUCCGUAUCUGCCCAACCAGAUGCCCAAGCCAGAUGUCUUUCCCUCAGAGGAGCUGCCCGACUCUCUGGUGAUGCGGCGACCACGUCGCACCCGCACCACUUUUACCAGCUCUCAAAUAGCAGAGCUGGAGCAGCACUUUCUGCAGGGACGAUACCUCACAGCCCCCCGACUUGCGGAUCUGUCAGCGAAACUAGCCCUGGGCACAGCCCAGGUGAAGAUAUGGUUUAAGAACCGUCGGCGUCGUCACAAGAUCCAAUCGGAUCAGCACAAGGACCAGUCCUACGAGGGGAUGCCUCUCUCGCCGGGUAUGAAACAGAGCGAUGGCGAUCCCCCCAGCUUGCAGACUCUUAGCUUGGGUGGAGGAGCCACGCCCAACGCUUUGACUCCGUCACCCACGCCCUCAACGCCCACUGCACACAUGACGGAGCACUACAGCGAGUCAUUCAACGCCUACUACAACUACAAUGGAGGCCACAAUCACGCCCAGGCCAAUCGUCACAUGCACAUGCAGUAUCCUUCCGGAGGGGGGCCAGGACCUGGGUCGACCAAUGUCAAUGGCGGCCAGUUCUUCCAGCAGCAGCAGGUCCAUAAUCACCAGCAGCAACUGCACCACCAGGGCAACCACGUGCCGCACCAGAUGCAGCAGCAGCAACAGCAGGCUCAGCAGCAGCAAUACCAUCACUUUGACUUCCAGCAAAAGCAAGCCAGCGCCUGUCGCGUCCUGGUCAAGGACGAACCGGAGGCCGACUACAACUUCAACAGCUCGUACUACAUGCGAUCGGGAAUGUCUGGCGCCACUGCAUCGGCAUCCGCUGUGGCCCGAGGCGCUGCCUCGCCGGGCUCCGAGGUCUACGAGCCAUUAACACCCAAGAAUGACGAAAGUCCGAGUCUGUGUGGCAUCGGCAUCGGCGGACCUUGCGCCAUCGCCGUUGGCGAGACGGAGGCGGCCGACGACAUGGACGACGGAACGAGCAAGAAGACGACGCUACAGAUCUUGGAGCCUUUGAAGGGUCUGGACAAGAGCUGCGACGAUGGCAGUAGCGACGACAUGAGCACCGGAAUAAGAGCCUUAGCAGGAACCGGAAAUCGUGGAGCGGCAUUUGCCAAAUUUGGCAAGCCUUCGCCCCCACAAGGCCCUCAGCCGCCCCUCGGAAUGGGGGGCGUGGCCAUGGGCGAAUCGAACCAAUAUCAAUGCACGAUGGAUACGAUAAUGCAAGCGUAUAAUCCCCAUCGGAACGCCGCGGGCAACUCGCAGUUUGCCUACUGCUUCAAUUAGCCUGGAUGAGAGGCGUGUUAGAGAGUUUCAUUAGCUUUAGGUUAACCACUGUUGUUCCUGAUUGUACAAAUACCAAGUGAUUGUAGAUAUCUACGCGUAGAAAGUUAGGUCUAGUCCUAAGAUCCGUGUAAAUGGUUCCCAGGGAAGUUUUAUGUACUAGCCUAGUCAGCAGGCCGCACGGAUUCCAGUGCAUAUCUUAGUGAUACUCCAGUUAACUCUAUACUUUCCCUGCAAUACGCUAUUCGCCUUAGAUGUAUCUGGGUGGCUGCUCCACUAAAGCCCGGGAAUAUGCAACCAGUUACAUUUGAGGCCAUUUGGGCUUAAGCGUAUUCCAUGGAAAGUUAUCGUCCCACAUUUCGGAAAUUAUAUUCCGAGCCAGCAAGAAAAUCUUCUCUGUUACAAUUUGACAUAGCUAAAAACUGUACUAAUCAAAAUGAAAAAUGUUUCUCUUGGGCGUAAUCUCAUACAAUGAUUACCCUUAAAGAUCGAACAUUUAAACAAUAAUAUUUGAUAUGAUAUUUUCAAUUUCUAUGCUAUGCCAAAGUGUCUGACAUAAUCAAACAUUUGCGCAUUCUUUGACCAAGAAUAGUCAGCAAAUUGUAUUUUCAAUCAAUGCAGACCAUUUGUUUCAGAUUCGGAGAUUUUUUGCUGCCAAACGGAAUAACUAUCAUAGCUCACAUUCUAUUUACAUCACUAAGAAGAGCAUUGCAAUCUGUUAGGCCUCAAGUUUAAUUUUAAAAUGCUGCACCUUUGAUGUUGUCUCUUUAAGCUUUGUAUUUUUAAUUACGAAAAUAUAUAAGAACUACUCUACUCGGGUAAAUUGUGACUAACUAC